UCAGUGCGCCAUUGUUGUUUAGACCAGUGUCGUCACUAUUAACCGCAGCUGCACUUGAAAUCGUCGCGCACUUCACAGUACCGCAAUUACGUUUUCAAGAUGAUUGACUUUGUAGGAAUCGUUUUCGCGCUAUUAAUCAUCGUCGGAGGCGUCGUUGGCUACAUGCGAGCAGGCUCCGUGGUGUCACUGUACGCUGGAUUGGUUUUCGGUGUUGCGAUUGGGGCUGGUGCCUGGUGCAAUUCGCUACAGGAACCGUUCCCAUACGUCCAACUGUUCGUACUGUCGGUGCUGAUCAUCGUCAUGAUGAUACGGUUCUACAAAACCAGAGCAUUCAUGUCACCGGGCAUGAUACUGCUGUUGUCGCUGUGCGUCAUGGUGUGGACGGUUUUCAUCUAUGGCGAUUACUUCAGCUUCAUUUCCGGCUCGAACGAUAAGCCGAUCCCGGUGAACGGGACAAUUAACGUGGCGGUUAGCGAUGGACGCAAGCUGGAGUAGUGAGUGCUUCGAGGGUGGAGCAUUGUUGCAGUGGAUCGGUUAGAUUUGUAAGGAUAAGGUUUCUCGGCGGAUUGCAGCCGUGUUAUCAUCGUUAUGAAUGUUGUGCCAAAAAAACAAAAACAAAAGACUAUGGAGGACUGAGACACUUCCAUUUGUAGCGUGUAGCUAGCAGGAGCUGAACAUUCAACGCACAAUCGAAUCUCAGGAAGUGGAAUUUUGUAAUCGUUGUUUCAUAGUGUCUCGUGUGUCGUAAAAGAAUAUUUUACUGGCGAACACAACUUGGCACAUAAAAUGUUACUUUUUUGUUACACACAGGCCCCACAUUGCCAGACAAAUACUAAUAUGAACAAAGAUUAGGAGGCAUUUUGUAUAAGUUUUUUUUUCCUGGAAUCAAUACAAUUGAUUACGCAUUCUAUAUGCUUCAUUAAAAAA